CCCAAAUGGGCAAAAUUUCCAAAUUAUAAUGACGAGCUUCUAUUGUUUGGUCGUUCCUCGAUUGUCUAAGGGGAUGCCUCGUGUUUAUUGAUGAUUGGAAUUCAACACUGAACUGUCAGCAUGUGUUUUUGGUUUUGAACAGUAAGGUUAUAAUUCUCAAAACACAAAACAAAUCUAAAUUCCCUUCUGAACGCAGACCGCAUACAAAAUUCACACUUGUCUCAUGUUAAUGUUAGGGCAAACACAAUCCUGCCUACCUACCCUUAUGUUAUAAUGGACAGGCUUUCGAAAUGGCCAAAACGUUUGAAAGUUUGCUGAACAGAUGACCAGUCGCUGAAAAAAUCACAAUUAAAAGAAAUACAGAGAGAUUGAAAGGGCUAAUCCUCUGACGUAAUGGCAUCUACAGCAAUCUUGCGCGAUCGCCUUUCUGAUAUACUGAAAUUAGGUCUCUCUGGGAUUCGAUCACGGGCUUAUUUAUCUACAAGAAACAUUUUCAGCUGUUCUGUUGCAAAGCAAAGGUCUCUUUUGAUCCAUGAUCAACAUGGAAUUAUUGCAAGGCAUGGUUUGCUCAUCUCAUCCAUUGGACUUCAGCAGAGUCAAUUUUUGAAGCUUGAGCUGCCAUUUCGGACGCAGCAAUUCUCUUCCAGUGAACUACCUAUCCAUAGUGUUCUGCAAAUGCCAGCUUUAUCCCCAACAAUGGAUAAAGGGAAUAUUGCUGCAUGGAAGAAGAGUGAGGGAGAUAAGAUAGAACCAGGUGAUGUCCUUUGUGACAUAGAGACGGAUAAAGCAACACUUGAUUUUGAAUCACUUGAAGAAGGGUAUUUGGCUAAGAUACUAAUACCCGCUGGUUCAAAGGAUGUAUCAGUUGGGCAACCUCUUGCCAUAACUGUAGAGAAUCCAGAUGAUAUUCCUAAAUUUGCAAAUGGCUUAGCCAACCAGUCUUCUUCUCAACAUGUAAAGAAAGAUACAACUGGACAGAAGACAGCACAAAAUGAAGGAGGAGUACCACAAUGGCAGACUCAUAGAUUUGGUCCAUCAGUAAGGAGGCUUCUUGCUGAAUUUAAAUUGGAUGCAUCAUCACUUAAAAGCACAGGUCCUCAUGGGACGCUCUUGAAAGGAGAUGUUUUAGCAGCAAUUAAGUCUGGAACAGACUUAAAGAAAUCUUCAGAUGCAUCGAAAUUACAAAAACCAAUGGGCCUGCCAAAAGAUGAGAAGGUGUCAACUUCACAAACAUCUUUGCAGUUGCCCUUGCAUGUGGAGUCGUCUGGGCUUCAUGAAGACAUACCGAACAGUCAAAUUCGUAAGGUUAUUGCAAAACGGCUGCUGGAAGCAAAGCAUGGGAUACCACAUCUUUAUUUAUCUGCAGAUGUGGUUCUGGAUCCUGUGCUAGUGCUUAGAAAAGAGCUUAAAGAAAAGCAUGGGCUGAAGGUUUCUGUAAAUGAUAUUGUUAUCAAAGUUGUGGCACAUGCUCUGAAAGUUGUACCUGAAGCAAAUGCUUAUUGGAGCCUUCAAAAGGAAGAAGCUGUUACAUGUGACUCAAUCGAUAUUUCUAUUGCUGUUGCUACUGAAAAGGGGUUGAUGACACCUAUUUUGCGGAAUGCAGAUCAGAAAUCUCUGGCUGGAAUCUCAGCAGAGGUGAAAGAACUAGCAGAUAAAGCACGGACUGGAAAACUUGCGCCUAGUGAAUUUCAAGGUGGAACUUUCAGCAUUUCUAACUUGGGAAUGUUCCCUAUAGAUCGGUUUUGUGCAAUCAUCAAUCCUCCACAGGCCUGUAUCUUGGCUGUGGGAAGAGGCAAUAAAGUGGUUGUGUGGGAAGAAGAUUCUAAUGGGCAAGGGAAAGUAUCCACUGUCACUCAAAUGAGCUUAACAUUAUCAGCUGAUAAUAGAGUCUACGAUGAUCGUAUUGGAGGUAUGUUUCUGGAUGCCUUGUCUGCUAGCUUCAAAGACGUCAAAAGACUUCUCUUGUGAGAUGCUUGAUGAGUCGGAUCCUGUUUUGAAUUUACCAUUUAAUUGCAAAAUUGGUCUCAGUUAGCCAUGCUUAAGCAGAAAGAGCUCAAAUUUCCUUCAUUAGGCCAUGAAUUUUUUCACAAUUUUGGGGGUCCAUUUUCUAUCGCCUGUGAUUAAAGGUGCUUUUGACUUGUUCAUUACCAUAAUGGAAAUACUACCAAUUCACGGAGAACCGGUUUUCUCUAUUUGAACGUUGAUGAAUUUCCGCCGACGGCCCUUACUUUUUACUUUGAACAACUAUUCGUCUCGAGCAUUGAGAGUCUAAAGUGCAUCAGGAAUUUAAAGAGGAAAACUGUCAAUGGCAGGAAUAUUGCGAGGACAAAUUGUCAACAUGAUAGGAAAGCAUGAGAGACGUGUAAAACUAAAACACAAUCCUUCCCUUUGUAUGUACCAAGCAUGGUGUUCAAUAAAUAUGUCGCAAAAUCAAAUUCCCAGAGUUUUCAUUAUCUGAUAUGUAUGGGCGAAGAGCCCAGCAUAUGCUUGCUUUAUUUUUAAAAAAUAAGAAUUAUAUGAAGUGAUUUAACAGAAGAGAGUUUCACUUUAUGAAGGCUAUGCUGGAGGGCUUAGAAACUCGAAUAAUACAAAAGACCAUUUCAACUUUGAGUCCUUCGAUUAUUUGACACAAUCAAGUUUCCUGAGUUCAUGUUAAUUGUCAAGGGAUUUCUAUUAAUCAGCAUGUGCUUAUGUUUAAUCUAAGAAUGUUUGUAACA